GCCCCACCAUUUCUAGAUUUCCAUUUUUGAAACUUUCUCGUUUCUCAAAUGAAAAGGAUUUUCCGUGAAAAGGAAGAGGGCGAUGACAAUGGACAGAGAGAAGGAGAGAGAGUUAGAGCUCGAAAGCGCAAUGUACACGAAUUGCUUGCUUUUAGGUUUGGAUCCGUCUAUAAUUGGUCUCGGAACAUCCAAUGGUACCCCUCGGGUGGGACUCUUCCGUCACUCCAACCCUAAAUUAGGCGAACAGCUUCUUUACUUCAUCCUUUCUUCUCUUCGUGGCCCCGCUCAAUCCGCCAGAGAUUUCGAUAGAGUUUGGCCGAUUUUUGACUCAGCGCAAUCUCGUGAUUUUCGAAAGGUUGUGCAAGGGAUAAUUAGUGAGCUGGAAGCUCAAGGAGCUCUACCAAGGAGUAAUUCGAGGGUUUCUUCGCUUGCUACUUGCUGUGGACCAAGAUUUGUUGAACUUUUGUGGCAGCUUUCAUUGCACGCAUUGAGAGAGGUUCAUAGACGGACUUUUGCUUCAGAUGUUGCUUCUAACCCAUUGCCUGCACCAUUGACUGAUGUUGCAUUUUCUCAUGCUGCUACACUACUUCCUGUAACCAAGGCUAGAAUUGCACUUGAAAGGAGGAGAUUUCUGAAAAAUGCAGAAACAGCAGUGCAGAGACAGGCGAUGUGGUCAAAUUUGGCUCAUGAAAUGACUGCAGAGUUCCGUGGUCUUUGUGCUGAGGAGGCUUAUUUGCAGCAAGAGCUGGAAAAACUUCAUGACUUGAGGAACAAAGUGAAAUUGGAAGGUGAGCUCUGGGAUGAUCUUGUCUCUACUUCAAGUCAGAAUUCUCAUUUGGUUUCAAAGGCCACUCGCUUGUGGGACUCUAUAUUGUCUCGUAAAAGUCAGCAUGAAGUUCUUGCUUCAGGUCCCAUUGAGGAUUUGAUUGCUCACCGGGAACAUAGGUACCGCAUCUCCGGGUCGUCUUUGCUUGCAGCUAUGGAUCAGAGUUCUCAAGUUCCUUGCACAGAUGUUUUAUCUGUCCAGUCUGGUGAUUUGGAUAACAAAGAGCAGAAUGAUGGAUAUCACACACAGGUCUUUGAAGAGAGACUUUCUCGAGUAGAUGAUAGAAGUGGAAGAGUCCACCAGACUGUAGAUGUGACAGAAAUUAUCAGACGUUGGACGCAUGCUUUACAACGGAUUCAUAAACAGUCACUUCAGCUGGCAAAGGCUAAUGAUGGAGAGGGUCCUGAUAUUUUACGAAAUGCACACGAUGGUGGGACAAGUGGCCAUGCUGAGUCAUUAGCUGCAACUCUUACUGAGCAUCAGCAACACCUGGCUAGCUUUCAGGUGCUUAUUAACCAACUAAAAGAAGUUGCUCCAUCAAUUCAAAAGUCAAUAUCAGAGUGCACAGAGAAAUUAAAUGGCAUUUCCUCCAACUUACCUUCAAUGGCCAAACAUCGUGGUCAAACCACCUCACCUAUGCUAGCUCAGAGCAGUAGAAGGACCUUGGAAAGUAGCUCUGAUGAUGGUGGUGACAUUACUUCAAAAAUGUCUGCUGUUCAGCUUGAGAAGAAUUCAGCUAGUCCUCCUGCUUUAAAGCUCCCACAGUUAUUUAGUUUAACUCCAAAUUCAUCUGGAAAGGUUGGAAGCAUGCAAAAGCGACAUACAUUAGCUCCUCAGACCAACCAAAUUGACACUUUGUAUAAAAGUAGCUCUAUGGAACAGCCUCUAGCAAACAAUCACCUAGAUAACCCACCCCAAGAUUGUGAUAAUUCUUAUGUUCAGAAUCUAAAGAGAUCUGUUAGGAAAGCUGCACUGUCUGUGCCAUCCUGCAAUUCAGAGCUAUCACAGGACAGUCAAUCUGAUGAAAGUUCUGAACAUUUCUUUGUACCUGUUUUGUUAACUAAUCAUUCUCGUGUGGGACCAGAAAAUAAACUAGGCUCGAUAAGGACUAAGAGAUUAUUUUCAACACAAACAGAAAAUUCCUUUCUCAACAGCCAUCCCAGUGAUGGUCACAUUAGGAGUAACUAUGAUGACUUACCAAACAUGUUGAACAAUCUGGAUUCUCUUGAUAAUCAUGAUCAAGAUAAUGGAUUCCUCUCAGCUGCUGCUUCAAGUUCUGCAGCUUCUGAUUGGCAAAGGUCACUUUUUGAUUUGGAAGAAGCGCAGGAUCAGGUGUUCUCUCCUCCUUUGCUGAUGGGCACGUCCCUGUUUGUCGAUUCUUAUGAAGAUUUGCUUGCUCCACUUUCAGAAACAGAAACGGCCUUGAUGGAGCACUGAGGUGGAGUUUGGACAAUUAUGUUUAGAUGGUUUCGCUUUUGGUCCUUGGUUGGGACAUGCAGCACAUUGAUUUUUGUUGCUUGACACGAUACCUGUAUGUACUUUAAGGGACAGAUCUACAACGAGAGCAGCUACCCCCACUGAAAUCUUGAAGGCUUCUUGGUAUUAUUUUGUAAGGUAACGCAAGCUCAACAAAAGUUCUUAUUUUGCCGACACUGAGAUCAUAAUGUUAAUAUCUUCUUUAAUUUGAUUAUUAUUCAUACUGUGUGUAUUGAAUGUUAAAAGACUUCUUUGGUACAGAUGAGUACUGUGGUAAGAUUCCCUCUUCGAAGUUUCUUGAUUAUUUUUUGCUACAAUAUGAAGAUAAAAUCGAGACGAGCAAAAGUAUUCUUUAAAUUCAUUAUA